AUGGAUGGUAAUAAAGACGAAGCGUUGAAAUGCUUGAAAAUCGGCAAAGAAGCACUUGAAUCCGGUGAUCGAGUCCGUGCUUUAAAAUUCAUCACCAAAGCUCGCCGCCUGGACCCUACUCUCCCUGUCGACGAUCUCUUAUCUGCGGCCGAUAACGAUAACCCUAAUCAAAGUGCGGCUGAAAAAAUUAAGAAUGGACCCACAACAGCCACGGCCUCAAACGAACCGAAGGUUCGCCACAGGGGGUCAUCAUCAUCUUCAACAUCAUAUACAGAGGAGCAAAUUGCGAUUGUGAGAGAAAUCAGGAAGAAGAAGAAUUACUAUGAGAUUUUGGGAUUGGAAAAAUCUUGUUCUGUAGAAGAUGUUCGAAAAGCAUAUCGGAAACUAUCGCUCAAAGUCCAUCCUGAUAAGAACAAGUCUCCUGGAGCUGAGGAUGCUUUUAAAGCCGUUUCCAAAGCUUUUCAGUGCCUUAGCAAUGAAGAGAGCAGGAGUAAAUAUGAUGUUACCGGAACCGAAGAGCCUGUCUACGAGAGACGCGCUUCCAGGCAUCAUCAUCGUCAUGGCUAUUAUAAUUAUAAUGAUGAUUUCGAUCCUGACGAGAUAUUCAGGCAAUUCUUCUUUGGAGCUGGAAUGACGCCUGCCACCACCCAGUUUCGCAGUUUUAAUUUUGGAGCUGGGAUGGGUGGCCCUAGAAUGGAUCAUAAUGGAUCUGGCUUUAAUUUACGUGCAUUGAUUCAAUUGCUGCCGGUUCUUCUUAUUUUCCUUUUCAACUUUCUACCGUCCUCUGAGCCUAUUUAUGCCCUAUCCAGGUCCUAUCCUUAUGAGUACAGGUUUACUACGCAGACGGGGGUUAAUUUUUAUGUGAAGAGUACCAAGUUUGAGCAGGAUUAUCCACCGGGUACCCAUGAUAGGGCUGCACUGGAAGCCAAGGUGGAUAAGGACUAUGUCUCUGUCCUUGCCCAGAAUUGUAGGUUUGAGCUGCAGAGGAAGCAGUGGGGUUUUGUAAGGGAGACCCCUUAUUGUGAUAUGUUGCAGCAGUUUCAAGAUGGGGCAUUGGCUGCUUGA